AUGAAGAAGAAGACUGUGGAGAAGAACAACAUGGAAGGGGAUUUAAGAAAAGAUAAGCAUAUUAUUACUAUUAGGGGUAAAAGGGCUGUGAAGAUUUACAAUUCUAACUCUGAUUAUAGGUACUUAUUCGUAUGCAUUGCAGAUUUGUUUGCAAAGCUUCUUAAGUCUGAUAUUGAAUAUUUGAAGUUGGGUGAGAUUGACAAGAUCGGCAUGGCUUCAAAAUGGCUUCAGAAUGAAAUUCUUGUUCCACUCCGGAAGGCUCUGGUGAGUGCCAAAAGGUGCGAGUCUGUGCCACCUAAACCUGCUCUAUCCGACGAUAUGAAGAAGCUGUAUGCGGAAAUCUUUGAUGAAACAGUUGGUUUUUACUGUCCCGGUAGAAAUUGCGAUCUGCCCUUUUCGAAAAUUCGUGAGAACAAGUAUAAGGCUUAUCUUGAGAUUGCAACUCUGUGUGUAAAGGCAAGCGGACCCUUGCUUCCAAACGAAAUUGUGGUUGACUUAAAUAAUGGGGUUGACAGCGAAGUUGUGGAGUGUGAAUGGCAGAGACUUGUUAGGCACAUGAAAAGCAAAGGGAGACUGAAAAACUGUUUGGCAAUUUGUGACCUAUCAAAAAAUAUUGGAGCAAUUCAAAUGGAUUUAUGUGCCUCAAUGGGAGUAUUGGUUUCAGAACUCAGUGAUGAGCCUUGGAAGGGAAUGGCUAUCACUUGCAGCCACAAUCCUAUGCUUUGCAAGAUUGAAGGUGACAAUCUUCAAUCCAAGAUCAAGUUUAUGAAGGGUCAAGAAUGUGAUGAUAACAUCGAUUUUAAGAUGGUGUGUGAUCUACUCUUGGAAUUUUCUAUGGCUGAAAAGUUAGGCCCAGAUAGGAUGGUGAAGACAGUUUUUGUGUUUAGCUAUGACUUUGGGGGUAAGGAGUUUAGUGAUAAGGUGUUGAGCCAUAAGGAGUUUACUGAUAAGUUGUUUAGCGAUAAGGGGUUCCAGCAGGAAGGGUAUAUGGUAUUACCAGAGAUUAUUUUUUGCGAUCUUGGAGAUGCUUCAAUUUCUAUGGCAAGGAAGUGUGAAAGGUUGGCCAUGAUUGGAGUCUCAGUGGAAUCACUGACUGCACUGUUGGAGGGAAAUGCGCAUCCAUCUAUAGAGGAUUUAGUGAAGUUAGUACCAACUCCAGAAGAUUUAAUGGAGUCAGCAAUUUCUGGAGAAGGUUACAAUGAUCUAAUUGUAUUUGAUUGA